UGAUGAUUUACAAUUCUCUGGGCUAAUCUUUACUGCACUGACUGAUGGCUGGAGUUGGAUUCUGGAACGAGAGGUUCUGGUUGCCCAACAACAUAACAUGGGCAGACCUCAGAGACACUCCUACGGACAAGUAUCCCCAAGUGGAGGACUUGGCUCUAGUCUUCCCAUUUGCAUUCGUGUUGGGUAUAGUGAGACUUCUGUUUGGGCGACUGGUGGCACAGCCCAUAGGUGCUUGCAUAGGCAUCUGUCCGCGAGGAGCCAGGAAGCCAUACCCUAAUGCCAUUCUGGAACGAGUCUUCCUCACGAUAACCCAGCGUCCGGACGAGAAGCACUUGAAGGGCCUGGAAAAACAGCUGGAUUGCUGGAACCAGUACAAGAUCAAACAGUGGUUUGCUCUGCGCAGAGCUCAAUUGCGACCAUCGAAGAUGUCCAAGUUCAAAGAGAGUCUUUGGAAGCUGAUGUACUACACAGGAAUUGUAGGCUACGGACUGUACGUGUUCUCAGAAGAAGACUUCUUCUACGAUCUGGCCAAGUGCUGGAAGAACUACCCGUUCCAGCCUUUGAAUCCGAGCAUCCAGAACUACUACUCGAUCCAGCUGGCCUUCUAUGUGUCUCUUCUGGUGGCGCAAGUGGUGAUGGUGAGACGCAAGGCCUUCCGACACCUAGUCAUGCACCACGUGAUUGCAAUAGUGUUGCUGGUGUUGUCUUAUGUCGAUAACUUCAUCAGGAUAGGCUGUAUCAUUCUGAUCGCACAUGACAUAGCAGACGUGUGGCUGGAGACAGUGAAGCUACUCAACUACACCAAAUGUGGUCGCCUCACCCACGCGGUCUUUGCAAUAUUCGCAAUCUACUUCGUUGCAACAAGGUUGGUCUACUUCCCUCUCUGGAUCAUCAACUCCACCCUGGUCCAGUCUCUCUGGCUUCCCAACGUUGGAUUCUUCCCUGCCUACGUCAUCUUCAACGCUCUUCUUCUCUCCCUCCUCGCCCUUCACGUAUACUGGGCACUCAUAUUCUUCCGAAUAGGCCUCGGCAUGUUCUAUUCUUCAAACUCUUGCUCAGCGACUCAGUUGAAGCUGAAAUCACAAACACCGCCCAUGCAUCAACAGCAGCCCCCAUUGUGCAACACCACUCAGCCCACUGCGACAAGUAGUAUAACUCAUGGUUUCUUCGGGGGAGUGUUCGGUUUAGGAGGUUUUGGAGAGGCAGGUUGGGACAAGUCGUCGUCAGCGCUCUACAGUGACUCUGAAAUCAGUGAGACAGAGUUAAACAUGAGUGUGGGCGAGUUCAGCCCCACCUACUGGUUCAGAGUAAUGCCGGCGGCGGGGGGAUCUCCGGCAGGUGGGGUUAACGGAACAGCAACGAGUGGGUCUGGUGCAACGCUAAACGGGAUCUUCCCCAGCAAUAUAGGCUUGAACAUGACUACUCACCAGAAUGGGGGAGCUAGUCAGCACCAUCAUCUGAACAAUGGGGCAAUGAAUAGUGCAUCAGCAACUGCAAAUAAUACUGACAAGGGCACAAAUAGUAACAGUGGAAAUAUGACCACUGUGCACCAUAGACGAAGCAACAGUGGCAGGAACAAGUCGUCCAAUGGGGGAGGCGGAUGCUCCUCGUCUAAUUCGAGUAGCAACUCUUCGUCCACGCCAAUCACUCGCAAUGCCAAUGCUCUGCAGGUUCAAAAUGGUCACGUGGGAGGUGCGGCAACUACAGCAAAUGGUCAUAUGUGCCAUUAAUCGUGCAUUGAUUUGAGAACGAGAGGUUGGCAGGAGAGUGCUUAAUUGACUGCAAUUAAUUAAUGCGAAUGCUUGUAGCGGUUUGGUUUAUUUGUUAUUUGUGUAGAUGUAAUUCAUUAAUUAUGUAACCAUCAAACUGGUGCCACAUUUCUGACUUCAUCCCUGCGUUGAUUGAGAUCCUACCUAUGUCGGUUUGUUCUUCCGUUUUUUUUAAAUAGUAGAACGCAGAAACAUGACUAUUUAAAAAUGAUGCUACAGGUUUCUUCAAAAAGAAAGAUUCUCAAUCGAAUUAAUGUGUGACGACAUCAGUGAUAUUGAUGAUAUUUUUGCUUAUCUGUGCUUUAUAGUUGUAUUUAUUUAGUAGCGUGACUAACCCAUUUGGUCAAAUGUGAUGGUAGAAAGGUUUUCACGACCUCUAUUCCGACAAACCCCUCCCGCCAUUGGGUGUGAAAUUCUGUUUAGGUUUUCUGUUCUUUAUCUUUCUUUUUUAUAUGUAUGUCUUGAUUUUCUUAUUCCUGAGGUAACCGGUCUCAAACGCGAAGUUCAAAAGAAAUUUUUGAACUACAGGAGUGCUUGAUAUAAACUUUUCAACGAUGUUGAGCGAUAGAAGUCAAUCCAUGCAGCCAACCAUUUCAAGUUGAAGAAAACUGCAGCAAUUAAAUGAACGAAGCAACGAGAUCGGUUUGUGCUUUUAUAGACGUUUCCUGUGCAUUGAAGUUCAAUUAUGCGUGUGGUAGCCUAAACUGCGCCGCUUCUCUUUCAAACCCUCCUAUCCAAAAAAAAUUUAGUUCAAACAAAUCAUCUCUAUCAGAUUAUAAAGGCUAGCUAAUUUAAUCUCUUCUCUAGGCUCUUAUUUCGAAUAAUUGUAUUUUUUAGAGUAAUGAACGUACUGAAGACUCUUAUAGAGGUCUUGGUGAUUUUUUUUCAGGAAAAAGUCAUAAAU